AUGAAUUAUAUUUUGUUCCUCAAUUUGAUUGUUUUUAUAAAUGCUACUCAUUUAUGUGAAGAAGGGUAUUACUUUUUAAAUGAAACUUGUAUUGAGUGUGAUAAACACUGUUUAUAUGAUAAAUGUAUUGAUGAAAUUGGAUGUCAAGAAUGUCAACCAAAAUAUUAUUUGAAUGAAACAAAUGGAUGUAACCCUUGUGUAUUGAAUUGUGAAAAAUGUACAGGAGAUACAUUAGAAAAAUGUACUAAAUGUCAAGAUGGUUUUUAUAAAAGUAACAUUUCUCAAAUAUGUCUUUUACCUUAUGGCUGUAUUGAAUAUGAAGAUUUUAUUGGAUGUAAAUCAUGUGAAGAGCAUUACAUAUUAAAUAAUAGUAUGUGUAUUUAUAAGUGUGAUGGAUGUUCUGAUGGGUAUUGUACAACAACUGGUUGUGAAAAAUGUUCUAAUUGGUUUAAAGAAAGUGAUAGUUUUGGGGAUUGUACAAAAGCUUCAGUUGGUAAAAUAAUUUGUGUUAUUAUUAUUAUUUUGAUAAUAAUUCUUGUGUUGAUAGGAUUUAUUUCUGGAAUAUUUUUCUUUAUUAAGAAACAAAGAAAACAUCGACAAUAUGAAGAUGCUUAUCACAACGUUAAUUAA